AUGGAGGAGCUAAAGCUGAUCAUGAACAAAUGGUAUGAUGUCUGCCAGCAAGCUCUUGACCUCCAGAAGCUCUACUUGACCCAGAUUCCCUUUCCUGAAGACUUGGUGGGCCAUGAUAUAGACAUAAUUCUCAAUCGAAGAAACUGCCUGGCUGCUACCCUGCAGAUCAUUAGGAGAAAUUUCCCUGAGUUAUAUUCCUUGAACUUGUGCAACAACAAACUGUCCUGGCUGGAUGUCCUGGCUGACAUUAUAGAGAAGGCCCCCAAUGUCAAGAUCCUGAACUCUCCAAAACUGAGACCACUGAAGCUGGAAGAGCUGUGGCUAGAAGGGAACCCACUGUGCAGCAUCUCCCCAGAAAGGUCUGCCAACACAAG